UGUUCCUGGAAAUAUACUGGCAGCAGUGGGGUAUGACUGUUACUUAGCAAUCUGUAAUCCAUUCCUCCAUCUUAUUUCUAGGCCCAGGAAAGUCUACAUUCAGCUGGUGGCUGUGUUAAUAUUGGGAGGGAUUUUUAACUCAUUGGCAUACAUACGUGGCUUGCUGAUGUUGUUUUGUGGGCCUAGUGUCAUCAACUAUUACUUCUGUGACAUCCUUCCCUUGCUGAAACUUGCCUGUUCUGACACCCACAUCAAUGAGGCCAUGCUCUUAGCUUUUACUGUGGCUAUAGCUGCCUCCACUUUCAUGACCAUUCUUAUUUCCUACUUGUACAUUGUCUAUGCCAUCCUGCGGGUCCGCUCUGCUGAGGGCAGACGCAAGGCUUUCUCUACCUGCGCCUCCCACUUGACAGCUGUCACUGUCCUCUAUGGCUCUGUUACGUUUAGUUAUGUACAACCCAGUUCAAGCUUCUCAAUGGGACAAGAGAAAGUCUCUUCUUUAUUCUAUACAUUGGUGGUCCCUAUGUUGAAUCCCUUAAUCUACAGCCUGAGGAACAAGGAUGUGAAGGAUAGCCUGAGAAGGGCCAUAGGUGGGAAAAAUUUCACAGCUAAUUUGAAUGCUUGGAUAAAUAUGAUCAGCUUUUAA